AUGGCUCCUCCAGUCGCCAUCGUCACCGGUGGCUCAUCAGGCAUAGGCGCAGCAUUGGUAGAACACCUCGUCUCUCGGGGAUGGCACGUGGUCAUCGCCGAUAUCCACCAACCCAAGCACGCCCUCCCGGGCACUCUUUACAUCCACACCAACGUGUCCUCGUGGGAACAGCAGGCCGACAUGUUCAAAAAGGCCUACGAGUGGGGCCAGCGGCUAGACUUCUGCGCGUUGAAUGCCGGCAUCGACGACCGCGACGACAUCUUCAACACUCUGUCGUAUGACCUGCACAAGCCGCCCAAAAGGCCCAACACGGAUACUUUCUCUGUCAAUAUCACUGGAACAUACUACGGCAUCAAGCUCGCCGCACACUACAUGACCGUCCCCAGCGGCGCGGCGGGCGGCAAGUCGAAGCCCGGCGGCAAGAUCGUCGUCACAGGGUCCGGGGCCGGUCUCGUCCCGUCUGCGUCCACCCCGCAGUACACGACCAGCAAGCAUGCCCUGAUCGGCCUCGUACGCGCCCUGGGCAUCUCCGACGCCGCCCUCGCCGCCAACGUGCGCAUCAACACAGUCUGCCCCGCCAUCGUCGACACGGGGGGCCUGCCGCUGGGUCUGCUGGACAAGCUCCUUCCGGGCCAGAUCACGCCCAUGAGCACCGUCUUGCGCUGCUUCGAUACCGUGGCCGAUCUAGCGAGCGUGACCAAUGAAGACUGGGUCGAACGCGGCCCAGCCGGCGAGACCCUGGAGGCCAAAGUCCACGACUUGAUCUGGCAUUCCCCGCCCGAGAGGUCGCAAGGGGCAAAGGUUGAGUCCAUCACAGCGGAUCCUGUUGCUUACGUUACUGCUGCUGCUGCUGCUGCUGCUGCUUCAGACGCAGACAAGGCAGAGCACAAGGUCUUUUGGUACGAAUAG